AAACGUAUUAACAUACCCAAAAACUAUUCUCUCGCUCUCUCUCUAGUUAGCUGUGGGAACAUGAGAGGUCGUGAUCUGAUAAACAAUGGCUUGCCCGACGAACUCAUCCUCGAGAUCUUCCAGCGACUCGAUUCGAAACCCACCCGCGACGCCUGCUCCCUCGUCUGCAAACGAUGGCUCAGCCUCGAGCGUUUCAGCCGCACCACUCUCCGCAUCGGCGCCUCUUUCUCCCCCGACACCAUCGCCACCCUCCUCUCUCGCCGCUUCCUCCACAUCACCUCCAUCCACGUCGACGAGCGUCUCUCCCUCGCCCUCCCCCCUCCUCCUCCUCCUCUCAAAAGGAAGCGUGGGAGUAACAAGUCGUCGUCGUCAUCAUCGUCGCCUUCGUCGAGUAAACGUCAGAAACUGAGUAAUAAGACGCGUUCUGGAGGAGCUGAGAACGCUGAGUCUUGCAGCUUGACUGAUGCGGGCGUGAUCGCUCUCGCCAACGGCUUUCCACGGAUUGAGAACUUGAGCUUGAUUUGGUGCCCGAACGUUUCCAGCUUCGGUUUGCGUUCCCUUGCUCAGAUAUGCACUUCCCUCAGAUCUCUCGAUCUACAGGGUUGCUUUGUUGGGGAUCAAGGCUUAUCAGCUGUUGGAAAGUUCUGCAAGCAUCUCGAAGAGCUCAACCUCCGGUUCUGCGAAGGCUUGACCGACGUUGGAGUUAUCGAUCUUGUUCUUGGCUGCGCCAAGUCCUUGAAGUCAAUCGGCGUUGCUGCCUCGGCGAAAGUAACGGAUCUAUCUCUGGAAGCGGUUGGCUCUCACUGCAAGCUUCUCGAGGUGCUGUUUCUUGAUUCCGAAUGCAUCCAUGAUAAAGGAGUGGUGGCGGUGGUGAAGGGAUGCAGACGUUUGAAGAGUCUUAAGCUUCAGUGUGUCAACGUGACGGAUGCUGCGUUUUCCGUGGUGGGAGACUUUUGUGUCUCGUUGGAGAUGUUGGCUUUGUAUAGCUUUCAGCAGUUUACUGACAAGGGAAUGAAGUCUAUUGGUAAAGGGUGUAAGAAUCUGAAAGAUCUCACUCUAAGCGACUGCUACUUUGUGAGCUGCGAUGGUUUAGAAGCUAUUGCUCAUGGCUGCAAGGAGCUUACACGUAUAGAGAUUAAUGGAUGUCACAACAUUGGUACUCGUGGACUAGAGGCAGUUGGAAAAUCUUGCCCGCGCCUCACUGAGUUAUAUUUGUUAUAUUGCCAAAGGAUUGGUAAUUCGGCUCUUUACCAAAUUGGAAAAGGGUGUAAGUCCCUUGAGACGCUUCACUUAGUAGACUGCGCAGGCAUUGGAGACACUGCUAUGUGCAGUAUUGCUAAAGGCUGUCGCAACCUCAAGAAACUCCAUAUCCGCAGAUGCUACGAGGUUGGAAACAAAGGUGUCAUAGCCAUUGGAAAGAAUUGUAAAUCACUAACCGAGCUUAGUCUCCGGUUUUGCGAUAAAGUUGGAGAUGCAGCAUUAGUUGCCGUUGGAAAAGGUUGCUCCUUUUUACAACAACUAAACGUAAGUGGUUGUCAUCUAAUUGGAGAUGUUGGAGUCACAGCUAUCGCCAAAGGCUGUCCUCAACUCACUCACCUAGAUAUUAGUGUACUUCAGAAAGUUGGAGACGCGUCGUUGUCUGAGCUUGGAGAUGGAUGUCCAAUGCUGAAGGACUUGGUUUUGUCUCAUUGCCACUAUGUGACAGACAAUGGUCUGAACCAUCUUGUAAACAAAUGCAAACUGCUGGAGACUUCCCACAUGGUUUACUGUCCAGGGAUCACUUCGGCGGGAGUGGCUACAGUCGUCUCGAGCUGUUCGCACAUCAAGAAGGUGUUGAUAGAGAAAUGGAAAGUGAGCGAGAGGACGAUAAGGAGAGCUGGAUCGAUUCUCUCUUACCUCUGUAUGGAUCUCUAGAUCGUAAUUUUAAGGUCAUAUUUUGAAAGAAUUGUAGUUGUGUUUCAUUUAACAAAGUCAUACUCUAGUCCAAACCUAUUAAAGACGGUCGUUUUUUUUUUUU